UCAAAUAUAAAGAUGACGGCAUCGCCGUCGCGUGAAUAAGCACGGUGGGUGCUUCGCGUGGAGGGUGCUCGGCGACUCGGUCAGUUGUCCCCGACCGAUCGUUCGUCCUGAUCGCGAUCCGCUCGUCUCAUCUCGCGUCUCUAGAAAAUGGGAGCAAAAUCAAUGUUUGGCAGCUCAGGAUGGAUCCUUGUGUUAGGGGUGCUAGCGGCGAGCCUGUCGGCCUCGUUCGCGCAGGCAAAUUAUCCCCCUCCCCCAGAAAGACUGACCGGCAUGAAUCCUUGCAUCAGCAAACAGACGUGCCACGAAUGCAUUCAGACGCCGCAUUGCGCUUGGUGUGCAGCACCAAAAUUCCCAGAGAAGAGGUGCUUCCUUCCGAAUAUCAAUACCAAAAUAUUAGCGACGUGUCCUCCCGAAUACACAUGGAAUCCAGACAAUGUCUUCAGCAUGCUGCGACACCGGAACUUAACAAAGGGUGGCUAUGCCACUGGUGGUGGCACAGGAGGGGGAUUUAGUAGCAUCGAGGGUUCAUACUCCAACUCUUCGUCUUCCAGCUCGUCUUCCUCGCAUUCGCAUAAGGAGAGUUGGGGUGCUGGCGGAGGUAGAAGGCACGAGGCUGUGCAAAUAUGGCCACAAGAGGUCAAUCUGAAGCUUAGAAUAAAUGAAGCUUACAGAAUGUCCUUUGCUUAUUCUCAAGCAGAGGAUUACCCUGUCGAUCUCUACUAUCUUAUGGAUCUGAGCAAGUCUAUGGAGGAUGAUAAAAAGAAACUGUCCGACUUAGGCCAGUUGUUGGUCGAGAGUAUGAGCAAGAUUACGAGCAAUUUUCGUCUGGGCUUUGGUAGCUUCGUUGACAAAGUCGUAAUGCCGUACGUCAAUACAGUGCCGAAAUCUCUUAUUGAACCAUGUGAUGGUUGUGCAGCACCUUAUGGAUACAGGAACAUCAUGAAACUUUCUGACGACACGGGCAACUUUGCGGGAUUAGUACGCAACGCGUCGGUGUCUGGUAACCUAGACGCUCCAGAGGGUGGUUUUGAUGCAAUCAUGCAGGCUAUAGUUUGCCGGAAGCAGAUUGGCUGGCGCGAAAAGGCACGUCGAUUGUUAGUAUUCUCGACUGACGCCGGGUUUCAUUACGCGGGCGACGGCAAGCUGGGCGGUAUUAUCAAACCAAAUGACGGCCUUUGCCACUUGGAUGCCGGCGGCACGUACACCCACUCGUCUCUGCUAGAUUACCCGAGCAUCUCGCAGAUCAAUCUAAAAGUGAAGCAAAACGCGAUAAACAUCAUAUGGGCAGUAACCGAGGAACAGAUCAACGUCUACAAGAGACUGAUGAAGCAUGUGGAAGGUUCCUUCGCUGGCAAGCUUUCGGACGAUUCCAGCAACGUUGUGGAACUGAUUCGCGAGCAGUACGACGCUAUCUCGAGCUCAGUAGAGAUGAAAGACACAGCUAGCAGUGCGAUCAAGGUGAAGUACUUCUCAAGCUGCCUGGGCGGGCCGGCGGUCGAGACAUCGAAGUGCGACGGAUUAAAAGUCGGUACAAAGGUGGAAUUCAUUGCGGAGAUUGAGGUCACCAGCUGUCCGGCAAACAGAUCGGAAUGGAAACAGAAGUUUGACAUUUAUCCGGUCGGUAUCAACGAGACUCUCACAGUGAAUUUAGAGUUAUUGUGUGAUUGCGAGUGCGAGCAUGAAGGCUACAUGUACGAGGAGCGCUCGCCCGAAUGCAACAACAAUGGUACACUCAAGUGUGGCGUCUGCGAGUGCUACGACGGAUUUUUCGGCAAACACUGCGAGUGCGACUCGCACAAGCCAAUCGGACUAGACAAGCAUUUCCAGUCGUGCCGUCCCGAUAAUACCACCCUUGUGGAUUGCUCCGGCCGCGGCACGUGUACCUGCGGCCAAUGCGAGUGCGAAGAAUUGCAGAAUCCGGGCGAGGAAAUAACGGGACCUUUUUGCGAGUGCGACAAUUUCUCUUGUGAUCGUGAUCAGGGUAAGCUCUGCUCUGAUCAUGGCACUUGCGAGUGCGGCCAUUGCGUUUGUAAUUCUGGCUGGACCGGAGACGCUUGCAGCUGUAGGACUUCUGAUGCAUGCAUCGCACCAGGAACUACGAACGGAGUGCUCUGCUCAGGCCAUGGCGACUGCAUUUGCGGAGUGUGCAUCUGUCACGAGGAGGGUAACAUUCGAUAUUCCGGCAAGCACUGCAACAAGUGUCCAACCUGCCCGAGCCGCUGCGAGGAGCUGAAACCCUGCGUACAGUGCCAGAUGUAUGGCACUGGAAAUUACAGCGAGCCGGAAGAGUGCGCGAGGAACUGCAAGGAAUUUGUGCCCGAGGGCGUGGAGACGGUAAUCGUUGACGUGGACAACGACGAGGAGCCAUGCUUCGGCACCGACGAGGAUGACUGCAAGUACAACUUCGUCUACUACUACAACGAGACCAAUUGCCUGCAGGUGCGCGCUCAAAAUGAGCGCGAAUGCCCACCGCAGGUCUACAUGCUCGGCAUCGUGCUCGGCGUGAUCGCGGCGGUGGUUCUGAUCGGUCUCGCGUUACUUCUGCUAUGGAAGCUGCUGACGACUAUACACGAUAGACGAGAAUUCGCCAAAUUCGAAAAGGAGAGAAUGAUGGCGAAGUGGGACACGGGAGAGAAUCCAAUUUAUAAGCAGGCUACUUCCACCUUUAAGAAUCCGACCUACGCUGGAAAAUAACGCGUCUCGAAAGGAGGAGAAAAAUAUAACGUGAUGUUUUUAAGAAAGAAUCGCAUCGUCGCUGCAACGUGAUGCGAUUUUAAAUAAUUCGCAGCCGAUCACGAGUGCUGAUCGCGCGCGAUGUGUUGUCUCGAACUCAACAGAAGUUUGAAUUUACGCCUUUACGGCAUAACGAGAUCUAAAGCUAACAUUUUAGCGUAUAUAAUUAUUUAAAGGAACUAAUAUUUAAAUAUGUAUACGGUAUAUACUCUAUUUUUUUGUUGAGAUAUUUGUAAAAAACGACUUAAUACUGCCAUAUAACAUAGACUGCAUUUCAGAUGCGUGCGUGCACGCGCGCAGGAAACGCGCUAUUUGUUUACGAAGUCUUAAUGUUACAUUUUAUUGCGAUCACGUUUUAAGAAUCACGCUAGUUAGGCUAAUUGAGAAUCAAGUGCCUUUAAAGUCAGUAUCCUAAUGCGCUUGCAUUAACUUUUAAUAUUUUUUAUAUUUUUUACAAUAUACAAUUGGAUGUUACUUAAUGUGCGAGAUCUAAGAUUUCAGAUAUGAAUUUAAAAUCUGGAAAAAUGUAAUCUAUUUCGCUUCGUUGCAUCAGCUAGUUUCUAUAUGCGUUAUUUGCUAUUUCUGCUAUUAGAAUAAGUUAUUAUUAUUAUUUUUUUUUUUUUUCAAGCUAAAAAGAAUUGCUCAGCAAAUAUUAGAAAGCUACAAACUAUUAAAAUGUCGAGUGCUGCAUGAUGUUUUUUUCUUUUUAGGAGAACAAACUGACAUAACUCGUUACGAACAUAAUUCUCAGUCAGCAAAAUAAUACGCCAGAUAUGAAAACAUUUAUAAACCUUUCGAGGAAAUUAAUUAUAAUAGCUCAAGAAUUGUUAAAACGCUGAAGCGGCUGUAAUUCUGGGACAAAGUGAAAUAAGCCGUACAUUAAUCUUUUAUUUAUUCUCCAGUUCUGAAUCCAUUUCGAAAUAUAUCGCACACAUUAAAUUACAUCCUUUACUAUAUCUUAUUUACUCUAUUUUAUUUACACUAAGGAAAAUGCCAAAAGAAAGCAUUUCUCUUUAUUUUAAUCAGAAAUGAUAACUGUCGAAAUUUUUACACUAUUUACCAGUGCAAUCUUUAACGUAUACUUCACGCAGCGAAAUUUGACGAAUUUGCAUUUACUUGCGAAUUUUUCCUGUAAUGUAAUCGUAUUAAUCGUUAGAGUGUAUUUUUGCGCAAUUAAGGAGGACUCGAAAGUGUUUAUAGGAAAUUGUAUAAAUGUAUAAAGUACUGCCCGAACCGUGUAGAAGUAAGUUUACUCCGUGUUAUAACGUUAGCUCGACGACGAUAACUGCACGAUUAUGACUCGCGUAUUAUUUCGUAAAAAAAUAUAUAUAGACACAUAUGUAAGAUAAUCCUUAAAUUAAAUGUCAAUUCACGGGAUAGUAAUCACUUUAACUGUAAAAGUUAAACUAUAAAAGAUACCUAUAUUUUUCUAAUAACUCCGCCGAUUUUUUAAAGCUGUCGAAAGACACGAGUCAACUUUUAUCCAUCUCAUCUCAAUUGUUUUCGAAAAGGAAACAAUUGUAGAAAAACACGGGCACUUCUUCAAUAUAAUGUAUAAAAGCCUGAACGAUUCACAGAGACGUUUACGCGGGCUACAAAUUCCCGCCGAAGUGAAUUGACAUAGAAUGAAGGGGUUGUCUCGUACGUUACGUAGUCAGUCGUAAUCGGUUACGAUAAUUCUAACGUAAGAGGAGUACACGAGGAUUUUUUCCGGAAUACGUAAAGUGAAUGAUUCCGAAGGCAAAAACAUAGUUGCGUGCGUUGACAGCUGAAUUAUUUAUUUCAGUCUUCUCUCUAUUCGUGAAUCUCACGAAGAAGCUCGAUCCGGAAGGACUACAAGCGCAGAGUGGCCUUCUCCCCAUUGUGCCACGAAGAAAAAGAGACUAAUAAUAGUCGCGGUAGACGCGAAAUCGAGCUCGCCGCGCGAUCGUUAUAUAUAUACAUAUACAUUUAUCGUGUUGUUUGUCUAAACCGUUUUACUCUUUCCUUUUUUAUGACUUUUUAACCGCUAAUUUUACGGUAUAACUAACCGCGUUCUAUCGACAUUUAAACGCGAUUUUUUUCUUUUAUAUAUAUAUAUUAUAUAACUCCAACGAGAAAAUUAAUUAUAGUCAAUGUUACUCCACGUGCGAUAGCUCGCAAACUCGAUAGACUAUAUGUAAAACCCUGUGCGAGGACUAAUAAAGACGAUGUGUUAGUAAGCGUCGCCGUUUCCUCAUUUGCAGGGUAGCGAUUAUGUAACUUUCCCUAAGGCGAAAACGUGAAAAGUAAAACUUUAUAUUAUUAGAAUUAAUGGAGAAAUUUUACAGAUUUGAACAUUUACGCGUAAAAUAAUCUACAUUACAUGUAUACAGUGUAAACUAUUGGAUUGUUACACAAGUUAGUUCGGCUUUUUUACUUUUUUGCAAUGAAACAUUGGUAAUGUAACAAUCCAAUAUGUUCAAUGCGUCAUGUAAGCAAUAAUUAAUCAAAGAUUUAGAUUUUAUCAGAAGUAGUAAACAUUCUAUCCCAUCAAAAAGCGAUAAAGAACAGUAAGUUAGAUAAUAUAAGAAUUCAGCGAUCCAGCGAUUGAAUCCAAUUUUUAUUAGAUAAUCACAGGAAACAAUAACAUUUCUUUUGAAAUAUGGAAAGUGAAAUAAUAGUUAAAACAGGAAACGAUAAAAUUUUUGAUAGAUUUUAUCGCUUCCUAUUGUUUUAAACCAAUUUCUUUUAACAAAAAUUUUUAAUAUUAUUACAGGAUAUAUAAAUCGUAUAAAUUGUAACAACGAUUAAAGAUAGAUUUCUGCAAUCAUUUACUAAAAUGUUGGGGCUACAAUAGAUUUUUAAAUGAGAAAUAUUAAAGUUGGCAAAUUAAACUAUCUGAAAUAUUAGACAGUACUGAAGAUGUUUCUAAAUAUGAUUUACUUAUUUUUCAUAUAUUAAUUUCUUACACCUUCUCUGUUUAAUGUACCACAUCUGAGCGCACAAAUUUCAGAGAGUUUGAUUUGCCAACUUUAAACCCUUCUAUCAUUUAAAAACUAUUUAGUCUGAAUACUUUGGUGUUAGAAUUUUCGUUCCUAAACGAUCUCAACAAUCUACUUUCAUUGUACGAUUUUUACAUCCUGUAUAUUUUUAUUUUACCAAUAUUAAAAUCAGAUAUAUUAACAAUCUUAUAAUUUAAUUACUUUUUUCUGUAUUGAAUUAGCCAGUUUAUAAUUGUUUACAUUGCUUGUAUCGUCCACAAGCAGUGUAAAUGAUUAUAAAUUGAAUACCUCAAUACAGAAUGAAGUAAUUCAGUUAUUAGAUAAGAAAUAUUUAUGUAAACGUAAGCAACAAUUCACAAAUAGUCCAUGUGGAUGUAAUUUACACAAUCCUGAAAUUUUUCACGUUUCUGUCUUAGAAAAAAAAAA